CCCAGUGACACAUGCACACUUGCCAAACAGGAAGACUAUACCUGUUAGGCAGAUAUGGCUGGGAACACUCAGUCUUGUCUUGCCUACAGAUUCAUCUGUAAAGAGAAGAGAAGAUCUGAGUGAUCCAAGCACCCUGGCUUAAGGAAUAACCUGGAACGACAACAUGGAAACAUAAACUCAUCAAACCACCGAGCACCAAGUCAUAAAAAAGGAUUUCCUGUUUUUUUUCCUUAUUUAAAAAGAAAAAUAAUCCAAUUCAGUUUUUGCGUGGAAUACAAGUCCACGAUCCACGGGUGACACCCUAACAAACCCACCCGUCUCAGCGAUGUUCACCCGCAAGAGAAACAGCCUUCCCUCACCCAGCAUGGAGGACUCCUUCUUUCCUCUGUCCUCCUCCUCAGUUUCUCUCUCUUUCCCGUUCCCACCAUCCUCUUCCGGGACUGUUGACAGUGGAGGAGAGCUGGAGACGGACCUGAUCGUGGCUGCAGAGCUGGGGAGGGCCUUGCUGGAGAAGAAUGAGGAGCUCACAGCAACGCUGGAGCAGAGGGAGAAGGAGAUGGAGGUCCUCCAGCAGGAGAAGUACGUCCUGCAGAGGAAGCUGGAGAUGAAUGAGCUGGAGACAGGCCAGAGGGAGGCGGAGCUUACGGCAGAUUUAGCCGCCUCGAGGGCGGAGCUACAAGAGCAUCACAGCAAGGGGCGUGGCCAGAGGAAGGAUGAGACUGAGCAAAUGGCUCAGUUGGCCAAUCACAACCAGCGGCUGGUGGAGCAGCUGGCAGAGGCUGUAACACUGGAGCACUGCUUGAGGACGGAGCUCCGUUCCCUCAGAGAAGAGAUGGAGGAGUCAUCUUUCAGCCGGAAUAUCAGCUUCACACAAUUAGAAAACAUGCAAGCAGAGAGUAAAGUUUUACUAGAGCGGCUCUCACACAUGCAGACACAACUGGAAGCGUCCCAGGAGGACGUCCAGAGGCUCCGCGUGGAGAGGGAUGGACUGAGGGACAGAGUGUCACAACUUCAGCUGACGCUGAACGAGAAGGAGGCUGAGAUAGAGCAGGAGCAGGGCGUGGUGUUUGAGCUGCGCACCUUGAAUAGGUCUCUGCAGCAGAAAGCUCUGAACCUCGGCGAGGAGAGCCUCUGGGACGGUGCACACGUGCAACCUCUGUCUCUGCUUAGUGAAAUUCAGCAAUCUCAGGCUAAAGAGGCUCUGCUGGCUCACUCCACAGUCCUGCAAGCGAGAGAUGAAGAAAUACGAGCCCUAAAGGAGGAGUUGCAGUCUCAACGAGGAGAACUGGAGUCUCUGCGGGAGGAAGUCGAGCCUUUCCGGAGCAGUCCUGAAAAACCAAGCUACAGUUCUCUUGAGAGCGAAUUAGCUGUGGCUCGGCAGGAAAAGGAAUCCCUGACUCAGCAACUGCUCAACACCAUCAAGCACAAGGUGACGCUGUGUCAGGAGCUGGACGCCUGGCAGGAGGACAUGCGUCUGGUGAUCAGCCAACAGGUGCAGCAACAGGAGGACGAGAGGCAAAAGGAGAACUCGCAGGAGAACGAAGGCCUUCCCGGAUUCCUACGAAGCAAGUCUCUGAGACUGAAGGGGGAGGGAAGGAAGGGAUUCUUCUCUUCCUUUUUCAAAGAGAAAUAACAGAGAGAGGAUGCAGCAACUUAAAGUGACUGUUUCGGCCUUCAUGUGGCCUCAUGUGCCAUGUAACGCACUACGAACCAACGUCAAUACCAGCAAAUGAAAUGUUUACAGAUAUAUUUAAAUAUAUUUUAUGUAUUUAUGUACAGAAAAUGAAUAAUUUUAGACUUUUUAUUUUUUUUUAAAUCACCAAAUGGUGUUUUUACAGCUUAAUAUGUUAAUUAUUUUUUACUAUUUCAAGGAUGAUAGAAGAGACCACGAGCAACAGAGAUAAAGGAAGAACAAGGAUUCAAAUAUGAAUCUGAAAAAGGACUUUAGUUUAGACUUUCUGUCACAAACAGCCAUAAAUAGCAGUAACUUGUCUUCAGGAGAACAUCAACCAUCUUUUCCACGCCACCUGACACUCUCUUGAUCUGCGUUUAGCAGAAAUGUGAAGGGAGAUCAUGAAGGAGUAGGUGCCAACUCAAAAACUGGUGCUCUUGGUACUUUAUAUUUACCUCAGAAGUUGGGACUCAGACCUGGGAAUGAUAUCAGACCCAGCUGAGAAAACUGGAAAACCAUGGACCCCAACGUGUGACAAGGCGUUGCUACUGCCAGUCGCUAGAGUAGCUGGCAUCAGUGCUGCACGCAGUAUUUACCUCAUACAAGCAGCGUAGCACUAAUACAGCAGACACUUGUUUUGUUUUACCACAUAAAGCCUUAUUCACAUUCAGCGCGUCAACAGGCCACACCUUACUGGGACAGUUCAACAGUCAUCUUCUAAAAAAAGAAAUAAAAACAACAUACCUCCCAGAACUUCCAGGUGUUCCAGGUGAGGGAAAGCAGGCACAACCUAAGGGGCUAUGGCAUUUUUGAGCAGAAAUGGCCAAGAACAAAAAAAAAUGUCAAGGUGUAUCAGUGUAGAAGGGGUGAAACUAUGGAACCGCCUGGAUGAGGAACUAAAAAAAAGUACCGGUAGCUCAAUUUAUAAAUUUAAAAAAAAUUAUAAAUCUAAAAUAAUGGAUAAAUAUAGAACACAAAUAUAAAUUAUCUUCAUAUUAAACUGUCUAAAUUAUGCAACUUUCCUCCUGCAGCUAUCCUCAAAUCGUGAGUGACCACAUUUAUUUUCUUCUCUUCUUUGUUUAUUUUCUUUGUUUUGUUCGUUCGUUUCGUUUUCUUCUUAUUAGUAUCUUUUGUUUCUGAAGUCUGCCUUUGUUGAAAAGGAUAGGCAAAAUAAGCCAUGAGGCUUCAGCCUAUACCUUUUUGGUCAAAAAAAGGAAAUGUGUACAUAUAUAUAAUAUAUAUAUUUAUACCUGUGUGUAUACUGUACAUAUACAGUGUGUAUAUGCAAACAUCUUAAAAUGUAAAUGACCAAAACAAAAUAAAAUAAACUAA